UCAGUUUAGUGCCCUGAGUUGUCAAGGGUUUUGGUUGUGGAGUAUCCGAGAGGGGAGCAAGGGCGGCUACGCUUGUACAAUGCCGAAUAAAACGAAAAAAGACAAGGAGUCAUCUAAGUCUGGUAAAGUGGGCAAGAGUGGAGGACAAGAGAAUUCAGAGCAUGAGCAGAGCUCUAACAGGAAGGCUAGCAAUAAUGUUCCUCCCACCACUCAGCUGCUAAAGGGGAAGCAGCCAGGUUCCCAGACACCUGUCAGAAAGGACAAGAGGCAAAGCUCCUCCCGUUUCAGCUUGAGCAACAACAGGGAGCUGCAGAAACUGCCUGCAUUCAAAGACGUUCCCCCUGCAGAGCAGGAGAAGCUGUUCAUCCAGAAGUUGCGGCAGUGUUGCGUCCUCUUCGAUUUCGUCUCCGACCCACUGAGUGACCUGAAAUGGAAGGAGGUGAAACGGGCGGCGAUAAGCGAGAUGGUGGAGUACAUCACCCACAACAGGAAUGUCAUCACCGAACCCAUCUACCCAGAGGUGGUUCACAUGUUUUCUGUGAAUAUGUUCAGGACGUUGCCGCCAUCAUCCAACCCCACGGGUGCCGAGUUUGACCCAGAGGAAGAUGAGCCCACGCUGGAGGCUGCAUGGCCACAUCUACAGCUUGUCUAUGAAUUCCUCCUACGGUUCUUAGAGUCACCUGACUUUCAACCAAACAUAGCCAAAAAGUAUAUUGACCAGAAGUUUGUAAUGCAGCUCUUAGACCUGUUUGACAGUGAAGACCCCAGGGAAAGAGAUUUUUUAAAGACCACUCUUCAUCGCAUCUAUGGCAAGUUCCUGGGCCUGCGAGCGUACAUUAGGAAACACAUUAAUAACAUAUUUUAUAGGUUCAUUUAUGAGACUGAACAUCAUAAUGGAAUAGCAGAAUUACUGGAAAUAUUAGGCAGCAUAAUCAAUGGGUUUGCAUUACCGUUGAAAGAAGAGCACAAAAUAUUCCUGCUGAAAGUUCUGCUGCCUUUACACAAAGUCAAGUCUCUUAGUGUAUAUCACCCACAGCUGGCCUACUGUGUGGUACAGUUCUUAGAGAAGGAUAGCACCCUCACAGAACCGACGGUAAUGGCUUUGUUAAAGUAUUGGCCGAAGACCCACAGUCCAAAAGAGGUGAUGUUCCUGAAUGAACUGGAGGAGAUCCUGGACGUCAUUGAGCCUUCAGAGUUUGUCAAAGUCAUGGAGCCCCUCUUUAGACAGUUGGCCAAGUGUGUGUCCAGCCCACACUUUCAGGUGGCAGAACGAGCUCUGUACUACUGGAACAAUGAGUACAUCAUGAGCCUAAUCAGUGACAACGCCGCCAAAAUCCUGCCCAUCAUGUUCCCAUCCCUCUACCGCAACUCCAAGACCCACUGGAACAAGACAAUCCAUGGGUUGAUCUACAAUGCUCUGAAACUCUUCAUGGAGAUGAACCAGAAGCUGUUUGAUGACUGCACCCAGCAGUUCAGGGCAGAGAAAAGCAAAGAGAAAGCCAAAUGGAAAGAGAGAGAAGAUGCGUGGCUGAAGAUUGAGAAUCUUGCAAAGUCAAACCCACAGUUUCUGAUAUACGUGGACUCGAUAGGCUCAGGUAGUCCGAUGGACAUGGAGACAGACGGGCCGCUGCUAGACGAUGUCAACAUGCUAAAGAAAGCUAUGACGGAGGAAGCCACACAGGUCCUAAAAGAACAGCGUAGAGAGCGCCCAUUGAUGAGGAGGAAAUCCGAGCUCCCCAGGGACAUCUGCACUGUCACAGCCUUGGAGUUGCACCGGAGAGCCGAGGAAAUGUUGACGACGCACGACGGCCACUAGGAGACCACCCAAGAGCCAUCCUAAACCAGCAGCAGCAUCCGCAGGGGAACCACAGGCCCACAGAGGCCAGCACAACAGCAGAACUCUGGUAUCUCAGUCCAGCACAGCACAACACAGAACUGAACAGUCCCAGCUCCACCGGACGCAGGGAAUGUCUAAAGCCACACGUCUAAGCCUUGUAUGGCUUUUGUGGCCCCCACCCACCUUCAGCUUUUAUCCACCUGGUUGUUGUCCUGGUCGCUGGACGGCAGACGCGACGGGAAUGCACCAUGGCCCCGAACUUCACCCAAGAUACUGUCGUGGCGUUACCGCUUUUCCCUCCCUCGUUUUUCUCCUGUCCUCGCAACUCGUUGUCUUUUCGGGGUGCUGUGCUGCCCCCUUCUGGUCAUUUCUCUCAGGUGUUCUGUUCUGUGCGUGAGCCGUCUUCUCUUCUCACCUCUUCUUUAUAGAUGUCAGGUGCUUGUACAAAUAAUAUUAGCCUUUCGGUUUGAUUUUUAAAAGAAAAAAACAUCAGUUUAUGAGAAAAUGUCAGUUGUUUCUAUAUAUUUAAUAUUAGCUAUUCUCAUAACAUUUAAACUAGACAGCUGUUUAUAUUUUAUUUUUUUCCUACAUAGUGUAUAUUAGGAGCUCUUCUCAGAGUAAAACACACUUCCUAUCCGUAUAACUGCUCUGUUUGGAGCCCGCUAUUUUUUUUUCUUUCUUCUUUUCAUUAGCUGUGAUGAUUCAUUGAUGGUUCUGGUAAUCAGGACAGGGUCAUCUGGGACUACCGGUAGAACGUUAAGGAUUCAAAGCUACAACACAACUCUGUUCAUCCAACGGGGCUGGCCGGACAGGGGUCCAGAGUGCGUCCAAGCCUAGUUUGGUGCCAACUUGUCUUCAAUUUAGUUCCUUUCUUUUAAUUGUGUCGGCAAUAAGUUAACGCAGGUUUGCGGUGUGUGUCGGUGGCUCAGAUAGUUUGUUGUUACGUGGUUGGAUCCGUUCGAUUGGUCCUUGGGAUGAGUCCAGCCCGAGCCUGGUUUGCUUCGCCAGUUACAUGAGAGGGGAUUGUUGGAUUUAUUUUUGGUUGCCCGUUCGCAUCCAGCCGUGGUCGGAGCGUGUUCAACAGCGCUCAUUAGCAUUCAGUACAAGUCGCUGUCAUUCAUGUGAGGCUUACGAGAGGUCAGAGAGAUGGAGUUGCUCGUCUGGGAUUUACACAAUGCUGCUGUGUGUUGACAGAAGUCAAACGGGGGCAGAAACUGUGCUGAUAGCGAUCGCUUUUUCUACUCUUCUCAAGCAAGACCCUUUUAUUUAUAAAACACGUGUUAGACUGCUCCAUAGAUGAGGUAUGUUUGGUUCAAAUAGGUCAAACAUAAGCCUUUCUUUUCACAGUGCCUUUUAUAGUCUAAAGGGAUAUUUGCUCAACCGAGAAUUGUGUAGUAGCAUGACCUAAAAAGCCAGAUCAUUGAAAAACAAUUGUAACCUUAGUUUCCAAAAAAAACACCCCCCGACGCAUUCAAGUCCGAACUUGGCACACCUCCAGCCGCUCGGAUUCAAGCACAUGCCUUGUUCAAGCUGCAUAGUCGAUUUUGUAAUUAAAAGCUAAAGAGGAGAAGCAGAGUGGUCGCCCCAAGCCAUUUCAGUGAUGAAGCACUUCCUGAUAAAACUUGAAAGAAAAAUAGAAACACAACUGAAAAAAAACAACCAAACUAUUAAAGAAUUGAAAUCCGUGAUGCUGUCUGUCUUGGUGUGGGGCGGAUAAGAGCUAGCCUCCACAGCAGAGGAAAUCACCUCCGAUUGUGACUUUUCCAUUCUGCGCCCCCACUGUCCCACUCCACUUCUGAUUUGUGCCAUUGUUUGACCCCCUCUGCCCAGACCUGCACACUGACUGUAACCCCCCCCCCCCCAAGUAAAAACGCACUACCCUGUAGGGCUCGUUAUUUGGACACCUGUUUGAUCUGCUUCUGGAUGCUUGCAAGUUCUUUUUUUUUUGUCGUGGUUUUAUUCUUCCUUUGCCUGCAGAACCUCUUGUCAGUGUUUCAACUGAAUGUGCAAAUUGUAAAUAAUACUGCAGUCAUGUUGUUUUUUUUCUUUCUCUUUCUCUCCAUGUUUGUCUUGAAGAACAACAUUCACCAAAGGCUUUUUACCCAACCCGUAUCCCCCUGUGCCCUGGGUAUUCCAGUGGAUUUGAUCAAAGUGAUUCCAUCCCUUCAGUAAUC